UUACAGAAAUGCUGAAGUAUGAAUUUAUCACAACACUCCCCUUCAUUUCUGGAAGUCCGACAGGGUCACUUCUUGAUGAUUCAGCAGAGCUCAUUGCAGUACUGGUACUUCUGACGUCUCAGCUUCUUGGUGAGAAAAUCUGCAGCUAUUUCAUUGGUCGAACAGUAGACCAAUCACAUUCUCCCCUUCUCGACUUCAUCCUUAACGAAAAAAUAUCGUAGUGAAAUGUGUUUCGUCUUGUUGGCGAGGCGAGGCUGGUGCGCGAUUUGAUUGCACUCUGAUUGUCGCACUGCAAGAUGAACUGUGUACUUGUCGUCAAUUUUGCUUCCUCCAGUAGCUCUUGCAGGUAGAGUCCUUCGCGAGUAGCUGUGCAAGGAGCUAUAAACUUGACUUCAGCAGUUGAUAGGGCUAUGCGUUCUUGCUUUGUAGAAUUCCAGGAGAUGGUCACGAUAGGUUCGAGACAAUUAGAAGUAUUUGCUGCGUGAUCAGCAUCAAAAUAUCCGGUAAGAUAAAGAGUUUUCGUAGUGACAACUUGAUAGGUAUGUUCGACUUCAGGCAUUGAAGUAAAAUACUGUAGGGCGCGUAGAAGUUCUAGCCAAUUGUUCCCCUCAUGUCGACGCAGAUAUUGAGCGAGCUGGCUAGCAAAAUAGGAGAGAUCCGGACGACACGUUACGGCUGCGAAUAAGAGACAACCUAAUUGCUGCUGAUAGAGCUGAUGUUCAGUGCUGUCAAGCGGAGCUGUAUCGGGUUUGUAAUCCAUAUGCAGAGAGCGGUAAGGCGUAGUGACUGUCGAGGGUGUGAGAUUAAACUGCACGGCUAGUGUAGCAGCAUACUUUGAAGCAGUACGAUGAAUAGCAGUUGGUGUGCGGUGAAUUUUUAGUCCAAGAAACUGUGUGGAAGUAGUUGUAAUGGUGAUCUGUAGGUGUUGUUGAAAUUUCUGUUCGAAGGCAGUAGCGAGAGAAUCAAUGGUGCUAACGUAGAGCAAAGUGUCAACAUAAGCGACGAGAAGAAUGUAUCCAGGGCCGUCGAUAAGUAAAUACAUGCCUUGAUUGUGCGGUAGCUGUCGAAACCCGGCAGCAAGUAAAUGAGCAUGAAGAUACUGCUGUCACUGGCGUGGAGCCUGUUUAGUGUCGUAGAGAGACUUUCUGAGACGGCAGACGCUUGGAGGAGCCCUGAACUCCUGGUCCAUGGCUUCCCGCCAUUUUUCCCUGUGUGGACUGCUCAAAUCUUGGCGAACAGUUUUCAUCUCUGAAAUCUUAUUGAUGUUCGACUGUGCUGCAACUGCGAGUCCCAAAACUUGUAAUCCUGUUUCUGUAAAACGAGGACGAUUGGAGUUGACACCGGAGAAAUUGUCUUCUGACCCCUGUUCCCCCCCAAUUUUGCCAGGUGUCACACGGAUAGCUGGUUUGGAGACACCGGGCAUUGGCUGCUGCUAAGGAUCAUGUUAGCAAUCAAGAAUAAUGUCUCGGACGUCUUCAGAAGCAGCUUCGCUGAGUGGGAUGAAUUCAGCGGUUCCGGCUGACGUGGCUGGCAUGGGGAUGUUUGUGGCAGCUGCUUCAAAAUUGUCGGCAACUGCUUCAUCCUGUGCAUCUGUCUCAGCUUCACUGCGAGCCUUCAAACAACCUGACAGGGUUCGCAGAUGCUUCCUGGGACCCUCGGCGUUUGAUGCAUAGGGUUUGAAGAUACUCACUGCACGUGUUACUGGUAUACUCUCCUGCUCCGUCACUUUGAAAUUCUUGGAGCUUCUCCUUCGACUCUCUCUCAGCAACUGCAAGCCAUGCGACGAAAAUGGAGUGAGCCAUAUGGCGAGCUGGGAUGUUGACAGUCCAAAUGUAGCGAGUACAAGCUUUGAUAAAAGUAUAUUAUAUAGAGUUCCCCCUUAGGCCCAGCUUCAGGUAAGUUCAGGAUGUCACUGUAGACUGUCUGCAUAAGCGUGUAGCAAAUCGAUCCUGGAAAGUGACUUGAAACGGGUUCAUGUAGCUGAUUAGCAGUGGUACACAUGGUGCAGACGGUCAGGCGGGAUGACAGCUUUAUCUCUUUUCCAUCAGGUAAGAGUAAACUGUUCUUGUCAAU